GGCGCGGACCCGCUGCAUCGCCACCUCCCCCUGGACGGGCAGCCGCCGCGGGUGGCCUGGGCCGAGAGGCUGGUUCGCGGGCUGCGAGAGUUUCAGCGAACAAACAUUCUGCUUGCUGCAUUUCUUCUGAGUCUCUGGGGAACAAGACUCAUGGAGGAAAGCAACACUAACCGAGAGAAAUACCUUAAAAGUGUUUUACGGGAACUGGCUACAUACCUCCUUUUUCUCAUAGUCUUGUGCAUCUUGACCUACGGGAUGACAAGCUCCAGUGUGUACUACUACACUCGUAUAAUGUCACAGCUCUUCCUAGAAACCCCGGUGUCCAAAACGGAGAAAACUAACUUUAAAACUCUUUCUUCAAUGGAAGACUUCUGGAAGUUCACAGAAGGCACGUUAUUGGAUGGGCUGUACUGGAAGACACAGCCCAACAACGGAACCGAAGCUGACAACCGAAGCUUCAUCUACUAUGAGAAUCUCCUGUUAGGGGUACCACGGAUACGGCAGCUCAAAGUCAGAAAUGGGUCCUGUUCUAUCCCUCAGGACUUGAGAGAUGAAAUUAAAGAGUGCUAUGAUGUCUACUCUGUCAGCAGUGAGGACAGGGCUCCGUUUGGUCCGAGAAAUGGAACCGCUUGGAUCUACACAAGCGAAAAAGACUUGAAUGGGAGUAGCCACUGGGGAAUGAUUGCAACUUAUAGUGGUGCUGGCUAUUACCUGGAUUUGUCAAGAACAAGAGAGGAAACAGCUGCUCAGAUUGCUAACCUCAAGAAAAAUGUCUGGCUAGACCGAGGAACCAGGGCAGUUUUUAUUGACUUUUCAGUAUACAACGCCAACGUUAACCUGUUUUGUGUGAUCAGGUUAUUGAUUGAAUUCCCAGCAACAGGCGGUGUGAUUCCAUCUUGGCAAUUUCAGCCUGUAAAGCUGAUCCGAUAUGUCACAACUUUUGAUUUCUUCCUGGCAGCCUGUGAGAUUAUCUUUUGUUUCUUUAUCCUUUACUAUGUGGUGGAAGAGAUAUUGGAAAUUCGCAUUCACAAACUACACUAUUUCAGGAGUUUCUGGAAUUGUCUGGAUGUUGUGAUCGUUGUGCUAUCUGUCAUAGCUAUAGGAAUUAACAUAUACAGAACAUCAAAUGUGGAGGUGCUACUACAGUUUCUGGAAGACGAAAAUACUUUCCCCAAUUUUGAGCAUCUGGCAUAUUGGCAAAUACAGUUCAAUAAUAUAGCUGCUGUCAUAGUAUUUUUUGUCUGGAUUAAGCUUUUCAAAUUCAUCAACUUUAACAGGACCAUGAGUCAGCUCUCCACAACUAUGUCUCGGUGUGCCAAAGACCUCUUUGGCUUUGCAAUUAUGUUCUUCAUUAUUUUCUUAGCAUACGCUCAGUUGGCAUACCUUGUCUUUGGCACUCAGGUUGAUGACUUCAGUACUUUCCAAGAGUGUAUCUUCACUCAAUUCCGUAUCCUUUUGGGUGAUAUCAACUUCGCAGAGAUUGAGGAAGCUAAUCGAGUUUUGGGGCCAAUUUAUUUCACUACAUUUGUGUUCUUUAUGUUCUUCAUUCUUUUGAAUAUGUUUUUGGCCAUCAUCAAUGAUACUUACUCUGAAGUUAAAUCUGAUUUGGCACAGCAGAAAGCUGAAAUGGAACUCUCAGAUCUUAUCAGAAAGGGCUGCCAUAAAGCCUUGGUCAAAUUAAAACUAAAAAAAAAUACCGUGGACGACAUUUCAGAGAGUCUGCGGCAAGGGGGCGGCAAGUUAAACUUUGAUGAACUUCGACAAGAUCUCAAAGGGAAGGGCCAUACUGAUGCAGAGAUUGAGGCAAUAUUCACAAAGUAUGACCAAGAUGGAGACCAAGAACUGACUGAACACGAACAUCAGCAGAUGAGAGACGACCUGGAAAAAGAGAGGGAGGACCUGGACUUGGAUCACAGCUCUUUACCACGCCCCAUGAGCAGCCGAAGUUUCCCACGAAGCCUGGAUGACUCUGAGGAAGAUGACGAUGAAGACAGUGGGCACAGCUCCAGAAGGAGGGGAAGCAUCUCCAGUGGGGUUUCUUAUGAAGAGUUUCAAGUCCUCGUGAGACGAGUGGACCGAAUGGAGCACUCCAUCGGCAGCAUUGUGUCCAAGAUCGAUGCUGUGAUAGUGAAGCUGGAGAUCAUGGAGCGGGCCAAACUGAAGAGGAGAGAGGUGCUGGGAAGGCUGCUGGAUGGCGUGGCCGAGGAUGAAAGACUGGGUUGUGACAGUGAAAUCCACAGGGAACAGAUGGAACGGCUAGUGCGGGAAGAGUUGGAACGCUGGGAAUCCGAUGAUGCAGCUUCCCAAAUAAGUCAUGGUUUAGGCACACCUGUGGGUCUAAAUGGUCAGCCUCACCCCAGAAGCUCCCGCCCUUCUUCCUCUCAGUCUACGGAAGGAAUAGAAGGCACGGGUGGAACCGGCAGUUCCAAUAUCAACGUCUAGGACAUGUGUUCGUAAAUGUGUUCCUAAUAGGUGAGAAGAAGGCUGUCCUGAAUUUCCAUAGCAACGACACUGCAGUAAGUCCUCACUUAACAUUGUGGACAGGUUCUUGGAACGGUGGUGAAAUGAGGCAUAAUGAAACUGGCUUUACCAUAGGCUCAUUGACAUACGCAAGUGUUAAGUUCCUCCGCAUCUCAUCAACGUUAUAACUCAACGACGUUAAUUCAGGACCCACUGUAUUUAUAUGCCCUGACCACCAUAUGUUGCUGGUCAUUGUGACCAAUUGUUAAUUCUUCUGCACUUUAAUUUAUUUUAGGUAAACUUUGCCCAUGGAUCAAAGUUUUUUUCCUCUCUUGUGAGAAAUUAGUUGUAAAUAUUGAGUACAGAAAAAAAAAUCUUUGUAAGAUAUAGGGAGUGGAAUGCCCACUUCCUACCAUGACUGAGUCUCAGUUGACAAUGAAGUCACCUUUUAAAGCUAGAAGAGAACUGUCAAAAGGCUUCUGAGUUUCAUUUUCAAGUCACAAAAAUCAGUAUUGUCAUUUUUGCCCAGUGUGUGAAGGGAAAGUAGGAGCACUCCUUCCUCAUCGGGCUUAGCUCAUGGGCUUACUACAUAGCUUUCUUGUAAGAAAGGAGCCUCUUACUUUAACUACCUUCUUGGGGUAAACUUUUCUAAAAGAUAAACUAGAAAAGAACUCCAAAGAGAAUGGGUAUGUAGUCAUUGUGCUAGAAUUUGUAUGAAUGAUUAAGGUAAAUGUUGAGUACUCUGCUUUUUUAUUAUUUUAGCAUAUCUAAUAUCUGUGAGAAUAACCGUUUCACUUAAUUUUUCACUGUUUCCGCUCUCAUUUGAAGAGAGCUACAUGAAACCACCAAAGACCAGUUAUGUGUUAAAAUGUCAUCUCUAACCAUAACAUAGGAGAAUUGGAAGGAAUUCUAUCACUAAGUUGGACUUUUUCUCAUGAUUAGUUUAGUAUAAAGAUUUAUUUAGAUAUUCUCUUUCUAAUGUGGCUCAUCUAAUUUGUAAGUGAGUGUAAUGUAACUAAUCUAGGAAGAACAACUUAUUAAAAUUUUUUAAUAUGCACUGAAAGUUUUAACUCAGCAAAUACAUUCAUUUAAAAUACAAUUUUAAAAGUUUUUAAAUUCAUAUAAAAAUUAUAAAACAAAAGUUUGAGUUUUAUAAUGUUUUAAGAAUACGUAUCUCAAAUACUCGAUCCUCCAUUUCAGAACUAGAAAUUCAAAUCUGUACAAGCUCAAUUUAAUGAGAGGAAUUUUGGGUAUUGAAAGUUUAUCUUUUAUCAGAAAGUAUUAGCCAAAGUUUGAGUUUGCAGCAAUUUUUUUUUUUUAUGUGGAGAGAGUCUCACUAAAUUUAUGGGAAUAAGUAUUUCUCAGAAAAAAAUAAAAAUCUAUUUUUCAAAAGUGUUGACCCUUUUGACAGCUAAUAAGACAAGCAAGAGAGAAUACCUGCCAUGCUGGUGAAUAACUCACUUGGAGAAUAAUAGAAGAGAGCCCUGUUUUUAACGCUGUGUGUUAAUGCACAUUUCUAUUAUUUAAUUGAUAAAAUAUAUCAGUCAAAUCUUCAAUGAAAACAUGGGCAAACAAACCUUUCUAAGCUGGCUCGUGUAUAAAUGAUACACAUUGGUUUCUUUAACAGUUAUUUCCCAUGGCUUUAUUUCCAUCUUUAUUUGAAGGAUGCUGCACAAAGUCCUUUAUUACUAGGUACUAAAGUUUGCAUUCCAGGGAUAGUGAGUGUAUUUAUGUAUGUGUAUCAUGUUGUUACAUGUAAACAAACUUCAGUUUGAAGUGCAGCCAUUAUGUGGUAUCCAUGUAUAUUGACCACGUGCCAUGUAUCAAUUAUGGUCACUAGAAAGUCUUUUAUGAUACUUAUUAUUAUGCUGUUUUCAUUUCACCUAUAAAAUUUUGCUAAAUCCUUUUUUUACCCAUAAGUUACAUAUUUUUUCUUCUUUAAUCAUGGAGAAUUCCCUCUUCAUCCUUCCCUUGUCAUCUUCCUCUCUAUAUUAAUAUUAUUGAGAUGUUAUAUAUGCAGGUAUCUCUCAACAAUCGAGAAUUACAUUGAUGUUUAAUACUGAGCACUUUACUUCUUAAUAAAAACGUGAUAUAAAAGCGUA